AUUGCUAUAAACAUUUACAAUAAAAAGAUAAAUUGAUUGAAAGAUAAUAAUAAAAGGAUAUAAAUAAAGAGAGAAAAAAAACAAAAGAAAACAUUCAGUUGUGAAAAAGGGAAAGUGAAACAGAAGCCAUCAUGAAGAUUGUAUUUUUGGUUUUUAUAUUCGUUUUGGUUUCAGCAAAGAAGUUUAAACGAAAGAAGAGUUUUGCAGGUGACAAUGAUAUGAGUGACUGCAAGGAAAGAAUCUCACCUUCUAAAUGCACCAAGCAAGAGAUGAAUAUCCGAACAUUGGAUGGAACUUGUAAUAAUCUGAGGAAACCAACGCUUGGUGCUGCGUUAACACCGCUAAAUAGAUUUCUGCCUGCUGCCUACGCUGACAAAAAAAGUGUACCUGUUGGUUCCCCUACCGCCAAAAAACCAGACAUUCCUACUCCUCAUGAAAUUGCAAAAUUACUUUUCCAUGACAAAAAGAAACAUAAUGGUAAUGCUGCUGGUGUUUCAGCUCUUCAUAUGACAUAUGGACAGUUUAUUGACCAUGAUAUGUCAUUAAGUCCACACAAUGACAAAGCUGCUCACUGUCUAAAACCUAGUUGUUCAAUGGCACAAACCACCGGAAUUUAUCUUUAUUACCUUUUCAGGUGCAAACUUGACUCAUUAGAAGAUUUUAAGUAUCCUUGUUUUCCAACAUUGAUUUCAAAAGACGUCGAUGCUGGAUGUCAAAAGUUUAUGAGAUCUUUUGCUGUGUGUGAUAAACCGAAGAAGGUUCGUCAACAAGUAAAUAUAUUAUCUUCUUUCAUUGACGGUUCAAUGAUAUAUGGUGUGGAGAAGGAAAAACUGAUCAGGAUGAGAACAAAUGACAAUACUGGAAAAAUGCGCGUCAGUAACGAUAAAGAAUUGUUACCAUUUGAUCCGCAAUCAAAGAAUAAAUGCAAAACACGAGGCGGAUGUUUUCUAGCUGGAGAUAAACGAGUUGACGAACACAUUGCUUUGGUUGGCUUUCAUACCCUGUUUGUUCGCGAGCACAAUAGGAUUGCCUCAGAACUAUUAAGUUUAAAUAAACACUGGGGUGGGGAAAGAAUUUUCCAAACUGCGCGCAAGAUUGUUGGAGCUUUGAUACAGCACAUUACGUACAAUGAGUACGUGCCAACAUUAGCUAAAUUGAAGAAGUAUAAAGGAUAUGAUCGAUUCACAAACCCAAGCAUUGCAAAUGCCUUCAGCACUGCAGCUUUCCGUUUUGGACACAGUCAGAUUGCUAAUUCAUGGUCACAACUUGAUAAAAAUUUCAAUCAACUUAAACCAAACAUUCCCUUAAGGCAAACGUUCUUCAACAAUACAGUGCUAAUUGAUGAUGGAAUAGAACCAACCUUUUAUGGUCUAAUUGGAAAUCAAUCAGAAACAGUGGAUACUACAUUUGCUUUUGGUGUUUCAAAGAAGCUUUUUAUUCCUCCUGGUGAAAAAGGAUUUGCUAAUCUUGCUGCAAUUAAUAUACAACGCGGGAGAGAUCAUGGCUUACCAAGUUACAAUAAAUGGAGAAAAUUUUGUGGCCUCAAAAAAGCGAAGAGUUUUGGUGAUUACAAGAAAGAAAUCCAAAAUAAAGAGGACAUCACUGCAUUGAGAAAAUUGUACAAACGAGUUAAUAACUAUGUCGAUCUCUUUCCUGCAGCUCUAGCUGAGAAGCACUUACCUGGACUACAAGUUGGGCCUACAUUUGCUUGCAUCAUCAAAAAGCAAUUUGAAAAUCUUCGUGACGGUGAUCGUUUCUUUUAUAAAAGGAGGGGAGUGUUCACAAAGGCACAAUUGAAAGAAUUACAAAAGGUUACACUAGCAAAAGUAUUGUGUAAUAAUUUACGGGGCAUUGUAUCAAUACAAAAGGAUGUUUUUAAGGCUUUUAAGGACGGGAGAAAACGACACGAAUGUCAUGGUUUAUCAUCAAUGAACUUAAAAGCUUGGAGAGAAUAGAACACUUACUGUUUUUUUUUUCACUUUAGAAGAUUUUGCAUAACCUAAUAGCUUCAUUUGGAGUCAUUGCAGCAAAACGUACCAGAUGGUGUCAGGUUGAAAAUGACUUGAUUUUUAAGACAUACUAUAGCAGAGAAAGUUAUUUGUACCAGUGUUUGUAGAAUAAUUAUUUAUGGCUUC